GAAGAGUACAGUACUGCAGCCCCAGGCGCAGUAAGUCGCGGAUCUCCAGGCGGCCACAUCGGCUGGGUCGCCACGCUGGAUCCGAUGUGGCAGGCAAGUCACACGAGCACAGACGACACGCCCGACAAUUCGAGACCCUCCUCUUGUUCGAUCUUGAUCAGCGCCGGGACCAUUCCCAUCGAUCGUCAUUCCCCACAGCGCGAGCGAGCGAUGAGGGUUUGCAGCAGGCGGAGGAUCGACGAGCGGAGAGUGACACAUCUCGGACGAGCACGACGAGGCGGGAGGGCCGAUUCUCGGAACAGCCGAUGCGUAUGACCAACAAAGAGCUCGAGUCCAGUUCCGAUUGCUUAACGGGUUCCUGGCAGUGUGGAGAUUUGGGGACGAGGGAACUUGGUCCUCCUGCUGAAUCUGGCAUCAGGAGUAGUGGACUCGCAGCUGCCGAGCUUUAGGAGAUGGAAAUUUUGACGCUAGCCUUUUUUUUCGGGGGAUUCUUUGGUCAACUUGCUGUUAUUGCAAUAAGGUUACGGGCGCUGCUUAUGUUUACUGGCCGAUUGCUGUCCUGUAUUGAUCCCCUGGUUGGAGGUGGGGCAGUUGCGCAGAUUGUGAGCAGCUUGCGAGCUGACAUGUAGAGGGUGAAAUUGGUCGAGAUGGUUUUGGAGAACAUUUCUUAUAAGUUACUGGUUUCGAAAUUGGACUCUGGUGUCCUUCUCUUUCCCUGUGUUUCGAGUUGACUCGCAUUCAAAGAUUCUCUGCCCAAUCACUUACGAAGGAGAUUCACAGCGUACAAGGGCAUGCAUGCAAUUCCCCUUUUACGAACUAGUUGACGGGAUGAGGGUGCGUCGAGGGCCUCUUUCUCGGUGUGUGUGAAGCAGGAGGGCUACAAUUCCACCAGGAUUGCCCGCUCCUUACAGUCUGCAGGACUUUUUGUUCACUGGGGACAACCUCAAACAUCCUCAUUGAGACAUCUGGCCUUCAUCGAGUUGCCUCAAUCUUGAACACGUGAUAGCAGACCACUCUCAACUUGGAAAUCUCAAGAUUGACAGAGGACGAGUCGACAGAGUGGCUUCUUGUGCAACCGUCCACGCAACUUGAGAUUCGAUGACGCCUUUUGGGGAACAUGAGAAGACUUUCGUCGACAUCUUAUCAAACGAUUCGCACCAUGAGAACGCUCAUCCUGGUGAAAUUGAAACUGGAGUUGGGGUCCUGAACGAGGCUGUUCUUCUGCCUCACGUGGCAGAGUUGGAAGCACGAGCCACGGUGAAAUUUGACAAGUCUACAUUUAUUAAGGAGCAAUUUUACCACAAUUUCUUCCCACUUUCUAUACCUGUGAUGUACCAUCUGGAAGGGAAGAAAUGGGGUUUGAUCAAUCGCGGCUUCCUGGGCUUCGACCGUUGUGUUCUUAUGCUUUCUCAGUGGUUUUUGGCUGCAAACUUCUACGUUCUCAAUGUUGUGAGCCUGGCGUACGUCUACAAGGCAAAGCACUUAGACUACUUGUAUUACGUCGGACUGGUGGACUACCUCUGGUUCAUGCGCAACAUGGUAGUGGCCACCAAGUACGCCUUUCUUUCUAAAGUUGAGAGGGAGGAAAUGAAGACGCGUUAUGUUCCGCAGGACGUGCAUGACUAUAGAACUCUGCUUAGGGCAUGGAAGGAUCCGAUUCCCGGUCGGGUACUAAAAACUGAGCUGCUAUUGGCUGCCAUUCGGAGCAAACAAGCUUUACGAAAGACUUGCUUCUCAUUAGACACGAGAUUUGACUCAGCAAAUGCCAUCCAUGAUUUGAUUCUUGAUCUCAAGCUCAUAACGAGAGACGAUAUCGGCCUCAAGGAACCAGACGGAUGGCUGGAAAUUCUUAGUCAAGAUCUCACAAAGAAUCCAAUUGCUGUAUUAGAAGCAGGAGGUUUAGGAAAUGUCGAACUCCUUCCCGUGAUACUAUAUGCUGCACAUGUUAUUCAUCAAGCAUCUAGCCUAAGCAGGUUAAAGAGGAUAGGGCACAGCCUUCUUAGCCAGCAUAUUACUGCGUGCUCACUUUUACUGGGCGGAGCACAUGCUGUUAUCUUGACGGCGUGCCGUUACAUUUUUGGAGGACAUGAAGUGCCGGGUCCAUCAUGGACUCUGUACUCUGUUUUAAUUCCAGGCUUUGUUCUCAUGAGUUUUUCAAUGUUUUCAAAUGUCGGUUUCAUGAUGGUCGGUGUGCUGGAUUUUAGGCGCCGUCAUUUUAUUGCUGAGAGUCUUGACGAUCUCCUGCGCACUAGUCGGUAUACAGGCAGUCACAACGCGCGCGUCUUUUCUGGGCGAAUGGCACGUUUCACAGAUCGUUUCUCCUGGUUCCGAUCUCCGGGGAACGACAUGGAACAACCUAGCAUUAGUAGAAGUUCCAGUAGCGGCAAAUUAUCAGGAGAGGGUAUUGGCUUUGAUUUUCAAGAUUCUGAGUCUCUAUUAGCCUGGUGGGCUUGUAGGCAGCUUUUGCAGAAUUUUGGUCUCGGAUUCUACAAACGUAUCAAGUAUUAUAACACCUACUUCGCAGUCUAUUGCGGGGUUCUACUCAUGUUCGUGGUGCUGAAGAUGCUCACAGGAAUAACGAAACGUGACAUAUAUCUUUUAGUCACAGUCCUAUUUAGCAUCAAUGUCUUUUUGACUCUUUUGGCUCUCAUGGUGUGGCCCGGUGGAGACACCAACUAUAUGCUGCAACAUCAUGGAACUACAAUGAUCAACCGCAAGAUGAAUACACACAUGAAGAUGACACUUGAGUUGCAUCAAACGAUCCCGACUGAAGACCUAAAGAAAUCAAGGAUCGCAUUGCGGACAAUGACCGGCAUUGCUGAGGUUAUGAAAUGGGAUAACAUGAAGUCAAAGCUGUCCAUCUGCGGAUUCGAAGCCGGGGAUCAGCUCGUCAGUGUAAUCGUUGCCGUGGUUGCUGCCACUAUGUCAAUUGGCAUCGGACAAAUCGUCCAGAACGGGUUGGGAGGUUGAUUUACCAUCCCGACCGUCCUCUCUCUGAUUAACAUUGAACGCUAUGUAAGUCGUGAAUGUUCGUAACUAUCUGAUCACGAAAAAAGUGUUUACGAGCUGGCCCGAUAGCGCAGCAUCUAUUCAUCUGUUCGCUGUAACCGCUGCCACCAUAGAUGAUCGAGGUCACGGGCUACCCAUGUGAAGGUUUCAGAAGAGGAAUUUCCUGAUUCUCUCCUUCACAUGCAAGAGUGGAACGUGGGGGCAGCACAGCAAGAACUUAGACGUGUGUUGAACUGGAACAAACUCCAUAUUCCAAACGCUAGCGAUAUUCCUGUAAAUAUAAUGAGCCAAGAACUCACAUGGUCUAGAUGAAUUCUAUCUAGACCAAGACGGUGAUGAAGCCUCGGCUGGUCACCUUUUGAUGACCACUGUGUACGAAAACGGGUGAGUAGUCCUACCACGGGUAAUUAGUUGACACUAUGACAAGACUCCAAACCGUAACUUAAUGGCAAGGCAGAUAGAACUUUUUCUUGCGCCGUCGCAAAGGCUGGCGACUUAUGUAAUAUAUUUAUCCUCCACGUCUGGGAUGAUCUGUACAUUAUAAGAAGGAGAAUUCGUCGAAAGAGGUUAUCCAUCUGAUUGAAGGCUGUCAAAGUGGAGGCUGGCUGGCUCUUUUCCAAGGGCUUGACGAUCACCGACAAAAAGUUCAAGACCUGGAGGUUUUAGGUGUUAUCAUUAAAGGUGAUCAGGCCUGCGUGGGGAGGAUGGGUAAAUUUGAGUGUCUUGAGAAUAUCACACACAAGGAAACUGCCGAAACUGUGGGGUUCUAGGUAAGUGGAAUAUUGAAAGCAGUCUGGUGAAAGUGGCUUCAGUUGAGCAACCUACUACGAAGUACCCCGACUAAUGGUUGUGGUGGAAAGCAACGUGCCGUAAGUCUGACAAAAUCUCACGUGAUUUUGAUUGCAACAACGCGAACUAGUGGUAUAACACACAACAAGCAUGCAAAUUUGCUCAUGACUUAAGCAAAAUUGAGUACGAUGAGUAGUUUGAUGCAGG